AUGCAGCAUACUCGUGAUGGCUUCGUCAAGAUGACUGAUUAUAUUAGUAAAACCAUGAAAGCAAAACUGAUCCAGUAUAUAAAGACAAAUCAGGCUCCAUUCUCUUUACUGAUUGACUCGUCAACGGAUCCUGGCAGCAAACAAGUUCUUCUUGUUUUUAUUCGUUUUCCUGAUCGCUACUCACUGCAUCCUACAACGCAUUUCCUGGAAGCAUUGGAAAUGACUGAAUCCGAGACUGGAAGGAACAUCUUUGAAAAGAUUUACGAGUAUUUCAAAAGAGAAGAUUUGUUGCAUGAGCUCACGUGGAAUCUUGUAGCAGUAGCCACUGAUGGCGCAGCUAAUAUGAAUGCUCCUGGAAGGGGACUACGGGGUAUACUCAACGCGAAUGUUUCGAGAAGCGUAAAGACGAUCUGCUAA